AAACCCUCAAUCAGAGCUUGCUUCUCUUUCUCCCAAAUCCACUCCCCCUUCUUCCAACCCUCAAUCAGAGCUUGUUUAUCCUGUGUGAAAGAUUCUUCCCCUAAACCCCAUUAUAUGUGCGAAAAUGGGAUCCGAAGCUAUGGUUCCAGAAUGGGCAUCGGAGCCUUGCAUAAUGGGAAUCGACGAAGCCGGAAGAGGUCCCGUUCUUGGUCCUAUGGUCUAUGGCUGUUUAUACUGUCCUCUCUCCUACAAGAAAACCCUAGCUACUUUGAGUUUCGCCGAUUCUAAGACUCUGAAGGAAGAGAAGAGGGAGGAAUUAUUUGAAGCUUUGAAAGGCAACGAUUCUAUUGGAUGGGCUGUUGAUGUCAUUGAUCCAAAGGAACUCUCUGCUAAAAUGCUCAAGAAGAAUAAGAUAAACUUGAAUGAGAUAUCACAUGACUCUGCUAUGGGCCUCGUUGAUAGGGUCCUCAAAAUCGGAGUGCUUCUAACCGAGGUUUAUAUUGAUACGGUCGGAGAUCCAGGGAAAUAUGAGGCAAAAAUGUCUAAAAAUUUCCCAUCUAUCAAAUUUGUGGUUGCUAAGAAAGCUGAUAGUCUUUAUCCUGUUGUCAGUGGUGCAAGUAUAGCUGCAAAGGUUACGAGGGACCGAGCUGUAAGAGAUUGGGUGCUCGAUGAGAUUGCUGAUAAUAUACACAGGAACUUUGGUUCUGGAUAUCCUGCAGAUCCCGCAACCAAGUCUUGGCUAGAAAAUCACAAACAUUCUAUCUUCGGUUUUCCAACAUUGGUUCGGUUUAGUUGGGGAACUUGCAGCACUUAUUUUAAAAGUGGUGCUGAAGUUUUAUGGUAAGCAUGCUAAAUGCUUUCUUAAUCUUUACUGAAAUCUGUGUAUAGCUCGCUUCAUAAACAUGCUUCCUUCUAUUACGAGCUCUCCUUCCCCGGACGAGCUUCCUUCAACUUGUAAAAACUCUCCUUCAACUUUAUUUGUUCUCUCUGUAUGAAUCUAACCCUUUCUUUUUCGCAGGUCUUAAACCCUAACUAUUAAAGACUU